AGGGCAGCGCUGGGCUCAGGCUGAGACUGACACACAGACACAGAGUGGCACUGAGAGUGGGAGAGCGCUGCUAAAAUUGACCGCCUACCUCACACUCCGCGAAGAUGUUGCAGUGUCACUGACCGAUGUCACUCCACUGCUGCUGAGGCAACAUGGCAAAGCUGCAAAUGCUUUCGGCGACCAGUGAGGCCGAUUACCACGGCUACGAGGUGUACCCUGCGUUCUCCCCCCGAUCCGCUGACCCAGGCUACACCCAGGCCGUGAUGGGAAGUGUUGGCAGUGGCGUGGCAAACGAGCAGGAGUUUGCGAUGAAAUGCGUGAACGGCAAUAAUCGAGCAGGGCACAGCCAGAUCGCUGGGCGGCAGCACGAGGGACUGAGGAACGGCUACACUUCCCGGGAAUUCUCCAAACGCUUCUCGGCUGACGACCAGGGCUACAAGCCCGAGAAGGUGUCUAAUUCCUUGUACAUUAACGGGGAGCAUCGCAUAGGCGACCGGACGAAAACAGACGUGACCAAUAACAACGAGAGGAACCUGCCCCCCCAGUACAAGGAGCCGAGCAAUCCACCAAAAAUACUGCCCGUAUCCGGCAAACUGGAACAGAACAGUGAGUCAUUGAUUCGACCCUCUGCAUUCAAGCCAGUUGUCCCCAAAAACUUCCACUCUAUGCAGAACCUCUGCCCACCACAAAGCAAUGGAAUAAUAGACAGUAGGAAAAGCCUUAAUGCCCAUCAUAUCAGUAGCAGCAGCCCUUCAGCUGGGAGAGUCGGACUGGAAAAGGCAGGUCACAGCAGGACUAUAAACCACGGGGGUGGAAUGUCAGAUUCUGGCCGUAACUCACUGACCAGCCUUCCCACGUAUGGAACGGGCUACAGCCAACACAUCGGGCCAAUGAGUGCUUCGACAAGCCACAUAAACCGUCUAGGAACCUCGUACGGAGAGAGGGGAAUGCUGGGCUAUAAUGGAAUAUCUACCUCCGAUAGUGGACGGUCUUCCAGCAAAAGCGUGGCCUCUUUCAACAAACUCAAUCACAUGCAGGAAACGCUAACCUAUCACUCACCAUCGAACGACGAUAUCAUUCAGGACCUUGAAGACCGGCUGUGGGAGAAGGAACAGGAAGUUCUCCAAAUGAGAAGAAGCCUCGACAAGAGCGAGGCGGCCAUAGUGCAAGUCUUUGAGGAGAAGCAGAAAAUAUGGGAGCGUGAGAUGGAGGACCUGAAGCAGAAUUACGCCAACAAGCUCCAGCAGGUGUCCAAGAAGGCCCAGAGAGCUCAACAGGCCUUACAGCUUCAAAUUUUCAAACUCCAACAAGAGAAGAAGAAACUGCAGGAGGAUAUUGGGCAGCUGCUGCAGCAGAGAGAGGACCUGGAGAAAAAAUGUCUGACUUUUAAGAAAGAGCAGUCUGAACUUCUGCCCAAACUUGAAGAGACCAAAUGGGAGGUGUGUCAGAAAGCCGGUGAGAUCUCCUUAAUGAAGCAGCAGAUGAAAGAUUCCCAAGCUGACAUGGCCCAGAAACUAAAUGAGAUGGUGGCUCUAAGGACACAGCUGAAAGAAGCAACAUCAACAUUGAGGGCCAAAGAGGAGCAGGUCCUCGUUCUGAAGGACUCGGUCAACGCCAAGGGCAUUGAGCUGGAAGUGUGCGAGAAUGAGUUGCAGAGGAAAACCAGUGAGGCUCAGCUCCUGCGGGAAAAGCUAGGCCAGAACGAAGCAGAGAUUUGUGGAUUAAAGCAGGCUCUGGCCUCCAGGGCUCACCAGAGCUGGGACAGCCAGGAAGCAGCGGAGGAGCCCAGGGAGGAGCUGGCCUGUGAGAGCGACGAGGCGAAAAUGCAGCGGCAGAACGAGGAUGCGGUCAAAGCGCUGAAGAAGCAGAUCGAGAGGCUGCAGGGAGAGCUGAGGCUGGAGAGACAGCAGCAUGAGCAGCAGGUGGCGCAGUUCGAGGAGGAGAGGCAGACGUGGCAGGAUGAGAAGGAGAAAGUCAUCAAAUACCAGAAGCAGCUGCAGCUGAACUAUGUGGAAAUGUACCAGAAGAACCAGGCGCUGGAAAGCAAACUGGGCGAGAUAAGCACAAAGGCUGGGUCACCCACCGCCGACGAAAUCAAGCAAUGGACACCAUCGAGACUCGAACGGAUUGAAUCCACUGAGAUAUAAUUUGUGAUGCUGACUGUACUUUAUGUUGAUACAAAGUGGGACUAUUGCCAUGUUCUGUCUCAACCUAUUUGUCUGUUUAAUUCACAGGCACCCGGUAGCUUGUUUCCGUUUUAAUGCAACGUUGAGGUUGAACACCAGAAAUUUAGCCUUCCUUUUCUUUGAAAUUGGUUGUGGAUUAAGUCAAAUGCUGUUCUCCCUCCCCCCAACACCUACCCAACCAUCCUUUGCAGUAAAACCUCAUUAUGGUUCAGUUUCUGUUCCACAUUGUCUGCUGACAUGGAUUAGAGGGGUCAGGCUACCUCUGGAAAACUCCAUCUUGGUUUGUACCAGUGUUCCUGGUGGCAUAUACCAGUGCAGUCAUUUCCUUGCUUGGCACUCGACCAGUGUUGAGGUCGGAAUCUCACAUUCUAUCACAAUAAAACAAAAGAAUGUGGAUAGCAGAAAGGUGACAAGCUGCUCCUUGGGCAGAUAGUGUUCAAUCCAUCUGGCAGUGAAUCACUGCUGCCCCUGUUGGUCUUCCCCUUUCGUUCAGUCCUCCAGCAGCUCAUCACACUUUCACAUCCACUUACUGUGCAAUCGUUUAAUAAUCAGUUCUUUCUCUUACAUCUUCUAACCCUGGUGAAAGAACCAUGAAACUUUAACUCAGUUUUCCUCCUGCUCAGACAUUGCCACUUGCCCUUCUGAACUUUUCUGAACUGUUUCUGUUUUUAUGUGAUGAAUUUCAGUCAGGUCUUCCAGUGACUUGUAGGCCAGAAACAUUGUUGAGGCCCUAAAGUGGUCAAUUAAUAGACACUGACGGGCACACCACUUGCUGCUGGUAUUUUACCAACAAUGCAAUGAGACCCACGCCAUGUUACCAGGCCGCUGGGUAAACCUGUUCAUGUGAGCUUAUGGUUGAUGGGGGUGGGGGGGUCCCUCAAGUACCAGCAGCGCCCUCAUCUUUUGUCCCCACUCCCCGGCCUCUCAAUUGUGGCUCACCAUCCCCCUUAGGCCUACCUGACAGGUCUGGGUGAAACUGCCUUUGUCUUGCUUCCAUGGGGGACUUGCUGCAGUCCCAGCUCUGGCCACCACUGCUGGUGGCACUUCUUUGACUGGAGAACUGCUGGGAAUCUGCUAUGUCCGUAGCUGUUGGGACAGCCUCCAAGAUGGGAUGGUGGAGGCUACAUCUUGAAAUCAGUGAUGUUUAUAACUAAGCCAUUCCUGCUUGGCUCUAUGGAGAUGUGCUCACCCCACACCACCCCCACCCCGGGUCCCAACUGGGAGGGGAGGGGUGGCUGCAAAGCCAUCAGCUCCAUGGAGACUUGCAGCCAACGACAGAGGGCCUCACACUCAGCUCGCAUCACGGAAUGUCUCACUUCUGGAUGGUCUCACUUUCUAUUGUCAUGUCUGGCCACAGCAGACCAAUGAAGUUAGAGAUCAGCUAUGAUUGAAUUGAAUUGUGAAAUGGGCCCAAAGUGCCAAUUAGCCGACUCCAGUGCUCCCUGAUCACAGUGUCUGGGGCAUGCAUCCUGGGCCCACGUGCAGCCAGUCAGGAAAUGAAGAGGCAGCUUGAGAUGACAUGGAUCUUCCACCUGUAGCACAUUCUGUGUGAAUCACCCCUUGCACACUGCAGCGGGGAAGUGCAGCAACUACCUGUACAAUGCAUUCCAUUUCUGUGAAGGUGACACAGUGCGUCAUAGAACCAGAUACAGCACAUUGCUCCACAGUGAGGUGGCACAUCUAUCAGUUUCCCAUCUUGUGAAUGCUGCCAUAGAGAGUUUAGAUUUCAAUCAAUGAAAGCUGUUCAGUUAAUCCUGGAGCUCAUGCCUUCAUUUAGAAUGCCAAGACAAAUUUCAGAUCGAAGCACCAAGCUACAGUGUACUUUGCAAAUACUACCAUGUUGUGCAUUAACAAUCUCUAAGGCUUUAACCAUUCAGUUUCCUGUGUCCUGUUUAGUUCUUCUGUAUGUUUCCUAUGAAGAAUUGCUUACUAAAGAUCUUCAUCCUGAUUUUGACACUUCAAUCCUAAUUUCUGCCUUUCAAUACAUCCCACCAAACUUUUACCUUCCAGAAACAAAUCUAAUUAUCUCCUCAGCUCUAUGGCCAUUUGCUUCAAUGGCCUUCACUGGGAGGUUUCUCACCAAGUCUGUUCCCCCUCUGGGUAGAAAGGAACAAAGUUCCUGCUGUCAUUCCUUCCUUCUAAGUUCUGCCUCUACUAUGAUGAAGAAUUUCGCUGGAUCAGUUUUGUUCACAACUCUUGCUAUGUUCAAUACCAAAUUUCAUAUCAGAGUUAAAAAGUCCAAACCAUUUUUCCAAAUAUAAAAGCCUUAAUUUUUUUUCCAAAAU